AUGGCGUCCACCAAGGAGGAUGAGGCAACCACUACCCAAGAGGGUGCCGGAUCAGACCCGGAGGCCAUUAUCGUCACCUCCACCGUGGCCUCCCAAACGUGCCCCAUAGAAAGUUUGAAACCUGAAACAUUUUACUCGAAAAUUCGACCUCUGGCAAUUUUCAUCAAAAUUUUCGGAACAUUCCCGCUGACUAAUGUGAUGCAACGCGACGGUCGACUUCUGGUUCAUAAGUGGACCAAUCUUUGGCAACUGUACGACUUGGUGCUUUGCGUGGCCGUGAUGCUGGUCUUUUUUUACGCCAACGCCUACCUUGUAGGUCAAAUUACUAACCCCGAUGAUAAGUACAAGCUGAUGGUGUGGCUGGGCGCCACCUUUUACUUGUCAGCUGCCAGGGCGAUGAUCACCUUUCUCGUCAGCCACUUUUACGCCCACAAGUACCCGGAGCUGUUCCAAGCCAUCGAAGAAUACCACUUUGGUAUAGGCGCGAACAUCAUUAGAGGCAGAACUAAAGCUACAUUUCAAAAGGUUGGUCCUAUCGUCGCGUCUCUGUUUAUGCUGUUAUUCUUGGAAGUGACGUCGUUCAUGUUCUUCAGCCAGUUCACUGAAAUUGAUUCAAAAGCUUGGCCUGCCGGAGUCAGUUUUAUGUUCAUGUACAUGUGGAAAGAACUGCCAAUGAACAUGUUCAUCUGCAUCUUAAUGCACCUCAUAUCCAGAUUUGACGAAAUCCGUGAAAAAGUCAGAGAGGUCCGUUUGAAAGACGAAAAAGACGCAAGUUGUGAUUUGGAGAGCCACCGUUUGCAAUACGCAGCUUUGAUGAAUAUUAUAAACUUGCUGCAAAAAUGCUACGGGCUCCAACUGGCCGUGAACAUGUUCUUCCUGAUAGUCGAAUCGAUAGCCGAGCUUUUUAUUUUCAUCGUCAUUUCCGAAGGGAAAAACGUUUACCUGAUGGACCUGACGGUUUACAACUUCUGCGCGGCGGGACUGUUCAUAUUUUUCUUGGACCGCAUUGAAAGAAAGUCGGAGCACGUUCUGGAAGAGCUUUCUUCGAUCAAUCUCAACUCGAAAUCGCGUCUGCAGCAGAUGCAAGUGCAGCUGUUUGUAUCACAGAUUCAAGCGCGACCGUUGCAAAUUUCGGCGUCAGGGUUUUGCGUGAUUAACAAUUCUUUGAUCGGGUCUCUUUUCGGAGUGAUCGCCACUUAUCUCAUAGUGUUGCUGCAGUUUGCGCCUCACGUGAUGAAUACAACAAACACUACAUCAUCGGAUACAACAGAAGUUUCCGGAAAUAGUCACGUCUACGUUAUCCAGAACUAGAUGAAAAGCACGUAGCCAAUAUAUUAA